AUGGACGUGAAGCCUCAUGAGAAGUUCGACAUGGAGGCGCACAAGCAAAAGCUUGUGAAGCGCGUAGAGAACAUCAGGGAAGCGCACGAGAAGGAGCAUACCAAGCAGGUCGAGGAAGCAGCGAAGUCCGAAGGGAACUCGGAUACAGCUGCCUCCUAUGCAGAGAUGGCUGAGUGUCCUGAUGGGAACUGCCCGAAAGAAGAUGUGGCCUCGCCUGCCACUGACGAUGCUGAGGUGGUGGGCAAAACGACGGAGCCGCCAUGUGAGGAAGGAUACGAUUCGUCGUCUCGGAAGACCUACAAGCCGUGCCCAUACAAACCUGUCUGGGAGGAUCCCACUGCAGAGAAGAUGAAGAUCGAGAAGGAGAUGAAAGGGUGA